AAAAUUGACACUGGGAUCAUUCCGAUCUUACUGGCAUGCUAAGAUCGAUACUUUAGUUUCAGAUUCUCACUGAACUCUACCUCAAAAAAGUUUUGUUUCGAUGUGUUCUCAAAUUAUAUGUUUUUGCCCUUUUAUUGCAGGAGCAGAUGCAUGCACGCGUUUUUGCUUUUCUACUGUUUCUGCUUGUCAUAAAACACCUAAAGGUCAGAAGUUUAAUAAUAUAUCAAGCAUCUGAAUCGUUAUCGGCGAUACUGGAGCUGUACUGUGUACCAUGAAAUGCAGUAUCACACACCUCUAACUUUUAGGGUUCUUUAGUUUGUACUUUGAUGGAAGGUGAACCUUGACCCCAAUCUGAAGUCUUUUGCUUCCUCCAGUUUUGCCCUGAGUUUUGCUCUGCCCUCCAUGCUGUUCGAUUUAGAUUUAAGCUUAUGAUUUAUGCUGUCAGUUCUGAUACCCUAUCCUGAUAAAGAAAAGACUCCCCAUGGCAUGAUGCUGCCACCACCGCAUGUGGGUAACGGGUGUUGUGGGUCAUAACGUCACACAUGGCUUUUCACAUGUAGGCCAGAAAGUUCAAUCUUUGUCUCUGACCAGAGCACCUUCUUCCGCAUGUUUGCUGUGUCUCCUACGCCGAUUUUGGCAAACUGCAAAUCAUUUUUUCAGCAAUUCCUCUUCUGUUGGCACGCAUUCAGAAAGGCAAGAUGUAUUGAUUGCACAACGUUGUUUUUGUCAGCAGAUGUGUUGCUCCUCCAGAGUUGGCAUCGCUCCACUUUAUGCAGAGAAUAAAUGAUUGUUUACUAAUUGAGAGGCUGUUGACAGCAACUGGUGAAGCUGAAUUUUAUUUAGAGUAAUCGCAGCAAAGGGGACUGAAUACAAAAGAAAUCCAAAUAAAAUACGUUUAAGUUGAUGGUUAUGUUGUAUAAGUGCAACGGACUGUUUGUGUAUGGAUGUGAGAGAGUUACACUACAGCACCUGAAGAAAAGCCAGCUGAUUAACAUAAUGAGUCCAGUAGUUGAAGCACUUCUGUCCAUAAGUACCUUGAUCUUUACACCAUGACAUACUGGAGCCUUUAUCUCCGUUUUUGUUGAAGUUGGGGGGAACAGCCAUAUUGCACAAUCACGUGUUUGUCCACUUCUCAGAAGUUACAAGAGGCCCAGGAUGAUAGCUGGGUUUCACAGGACGUGACUAACACUUCAAACACACUUCGUCCAACUCCUUCUUCAAUCUGACGUCGUCAGCUGCCACGCUGCACCGCCAGGGAUUUUAGCUUAUUCUUUUUUUUUUUUUUUGCUUGUUCAUUUAGCGCUGGAGUAGACACUGAGGCCUCAUCACUUCUGGGAGAACACAGUUAAACCAGUAAAACGUGAACCCUCGGUUCCCACACUGCUUCUGAGUCCGUAAAUUCAGAUAAGUGCUCUGUAAAAUGGGUCAAUGUGCAUUAGAUUUUGGAUAAAAAAACAAGGUGGUUUUUUGCUUCUGCUAGUUUCCAGAUGUCUGCCUUUUUUCUUUUUUCAGAAUGUUUUUUUUUUAUUGUUUAAAUGUGUUUAGUGUUUGAUUCUGUGUUAGAAAACUAAUACAACAUGAUGUCUUUCUUUAAAAAAAAAAAAUCAAAUUCAAACACUUGAGACCUUUCCAAUUUGAAAUACAUAUCUUUUAAUUGCCAACAGUCUCUUUUUUUUCUUUCAGCCUAAUAUUUCUUCCAUUUGUCUGAAGAAAAGUGUUUUCAACCGCAAGUAUUAGUUUCCAGAUUUUCUCCUUAAAACCGAAAUAACCUCACUCUGGCAUGAGAAAGUCAACAAAAAAUAACAGCGUUGAACCUUAAUGGGGGCAGCUUGACAGAUCAGAGUGUGUGGUAGUGUAUGGCAUGCUUUUGCAUACUUGCCCAUGUGAUGGAUUAGUCUCCAGGCAGACAAAGUAUCCCAUUUGGAGGGAUCGUACUACCAACCCGAAGGCAGCGGGAUAAAUAUUUGUCUUGGGUUGUCUCUGGAAUGAUCGAAUAUUAUUUCAGCCUAUAAAGGACUCGAAUACUGUGUCCCGUUCAGAGCUUGGUUUUCAAUCCUAUUAUACACUUAAACUGCUCAUUUAAUCUGUAUUGAUUGUUUUUUUUCUCUGCUGGUUUAAUUCUGAUCGUAGUUGGUAAUCAGUGCAAAAAUGAUUGAUAUUGCAUGUGUGGUCUAGUGUAAGAAGUCUCUUUUUGUCUCUGGAGUGUACUUGUGAGUACAUUAGCAUCCUGGGUUUGGGGUUUAACCUGGUUUUCAUCACUGUGUUUACACGGAGCACCAGGAAGCGGGUGAUUCACAUCCUUGUUUAAAUGAUUGGAUCUGUAUUCAGCUCUCUGACCAUCUGUACACAUCUGUGUCUGAUUUUUAUGGACUCUUAGCCACUUAAGAUCAUCUCUAAAUUGCCUGAGAAGCUUGUCCGAGUUUACAGAAAUGAUUUCACCGGGUUGUGUUCGUUACAAUUAUCUCAGCCGUGUUUGUUCUGUUUGACCCACUUCUGCAGCACACACUCCAUAAAUGUGCACUGUAAUUGUUGACAGUCUUGAGCUGAGGAUAGCUCCUCAAAAUCCUCAGGUUCAUAAGGUUUAACUUGUACUUUCCAAAAGACACAAACUGCACCUUGUAAAAGCAUUCAUACCUGUCGAGCUUUUCGUUUUUGUCACGUUGCAACCAGAAACUUCAGCGUGUUUCAACUGGGGUUUUAUUUCACAGGCUAUCACAAAGCGGCGCAUAGUUUUGGUUGUGAAAGGAAAUGCAUAAAUAGUUUUCAAAAUGUGCAAGAAGAAAAUUAACGUGUGUGGAAUGCAAUUGCAUGAUCAGUUCAGAUUGCCCACUUUUCCUCUGAUCCACCUGUAGAAAAUCUAAUGCUACCAGUUGCCCUCAAAAGUCUUGUAAGAAGUAAAGCGAGUCAACAGCUGUAUAAUUUAAUUGACUUAAAUUAUACGCCUGGCCUCAGACACCUCAGCAGCGGGUCAGAGACACAGGUGGAUGGAACAAUAUUCCUAUCCACCUAAACCGACUGUGUGGACACGCAGAGGUCCACGGCUCAGGUGGAAGAACUGCUGCAUAUGACAGGUAUAAAUUCACAAAUCUGUUAAGAAGAAAGACAGCUGAAUAAAAGUCUUACCCGUGUAGCGCUGCCACUACUUUGUGAGGCAGCAUCACGCGGAGGGGAUGGCUUUGGUCAGAGAACCUGGUCAGAGUUGAAGGGAGGAUGGAUAUAGCUGGCAUUUUGUGACAAAAUGUCAAAAAAUAUAAAAUAACAUCAAGGGAUGUGAGAACUUUGGUGAGGCACCGUACCAUCUCUCUUACUAGAUAGAUCAGAACAUGCCGUUAAAAAUUGAUACCAAAAAUGGCAUAAAUGUGAGCUUCAGCUGAAUGCCUGAUCUCUUUCUAAUGUUGCUUUUUUCCUUCUCUUCUCUGCGUCUGUCUGGUGGAGGCGUUCUGUGAUUAGCUCAUGGCUUUUCCCCUUCUGACUUCACUGACUGGAGUAACGCUGACGCUUGCUCAUGAUUGACUGAUGAGGACGAGAGGAAAACUUCCAUCUAUCUUGGAGUUUUGCGUCAGCCUGGAAGAUCUGCUGCUGUAUCUGGUGUCCUAAUGCUAAUCUCCCAUGUGUGCGUAUGCGGGCGUGUGUGUGUGUGUUACAAUAAUCACAGCUAUCAUUAGUUCCAGUUUUCAGAAACACUUACGCUCUAUCUGCCAUUGUGAGCUUAGGUGAUUUUACGUGUCGCAUGCACACCUGACCAAUCUAAAACUGUUGUUUGAAACUAAAUAUCAGUCUGCCUACUCGCUGAGUUCAUUGUUAUCAAUCAGCAAGCGGAAGCAGGGGAGUUUUCCUGCAUCGCAGCAGAACAGACUGGGUGAAGGAUGCAGGACUGCAUGCAAAUCAAAAAGAUGAAUCAAGCCCGUAAUGAAGGGAAAACAGAUGGAGGGACAUAUAUCUACUUAACCAACUCCUUUAGACUGCAGGACAUAAAAACUAAAUUGUUACUGGAUACCCAUAUGUCUGCUUUUCCUUCUUCCCUUUUCUGCUCGUCAUCAUCAGCUGCUUAUUCCUGGAAGGUCUGUAAUUUCUGCACCGGUUGAGAAUAUCUUUGCUCCUCUCAGCACAGGCAUCAACGUGUCUGUAGGAGUCCAGGAGGCAUCCUGACCACAUGCCCAAAUCACCGUCAGGAUGUUUUGUUUUUGCGAUAGACUGCUUGUGUAAAUGUAGAGGCAGUGAACAGAAGUGGCAAAAAGUCUCCACUUUCUCCAUGUGAUCAUUUCAUGUCUCACUUGUGAGGUUUUAUGUGCGCUACAACAACAUAGCUGUAAAAACAACGCUUUGAAGACAUCCUUCAAACCGCUCAAACUGUGUAAGUCUCUCUCCAGAAAUGUUUCCCAUAAUGGCAGGUUUUGCACAGAAACGUUGUUUCAACCCAGAGGAGAACGUGCAAACUCCACGCUUGAAGACCAAAGGCUGGGAUUUAAAGCCAGGACUUUCUUGCUGUGAUACAACAGUCCUAACAAACACACCACUGUGCAACCCGAGUCCUUUCAUGAUCUGAAAUAAUUCAUUAGAUCAUGGCAAUCCAUAGUCGCAUCCGCAAGUCACAUCGGAAGAUAACGCACUACACAACUACUGAACUCUCAAUAAUUGAAAUACAUAGAAACCACACACAUUUGAUCAGAUUUUCUGUCUUCUCUUGUCUGUAGCGCAUGUAGUCAGAGUCCGGGUCUUCAUUUCAUCCCUCCAGGCUUGGAAAGAUGAUGUCUUCAGAGCACCCGGCCUGCGGUUGGCUGCACAAGCUACUUGUUUUGCUGGUGAAGCUUCAUUUCGCGUUUGCCGAGCCUCUGCAACCCCUCAACAGAACGGGCUGCACAGCCAAGGGUCCCGCUUCCUACAUCCUGGUCUUUACAGGUCACUGGAGCCCGCAGGCUUUUCCAAAGCAGUAUCCCCUGUUCCGACCCCCAGCGCAGUGGUCCAAACUCAUAGCGGCGAGCCACAACCACCACUUUAAGCUCUGGGAGGAGGGCUCUUCAGCCAGUCCCGGGGUGCAGAGCUUUGCUGAAGUUGGUGUGACGGUGGAGCUGAUGAAAGCAGCCAAGGAGGCCCGGAAGAAGCGCACGAUCGGAGUUAUGUACCGGACAGCCGGCAUUCCCAAUGGGAUCGGACACAGCUCCACGGAGAUGCUCAUGGUGCCCCGCAACCCACUGCUAUCUUUGAUGGUGAAGAUGAUCCCCAGCCCUGACUGGUUUGUCGGUGUGGACAGUCUCAAUCUUUGUGAGGGUAACCGGUGGAAACAGGAAGUGACCGUCGACCUCCAGCCUUAUGAUGCAGGAACGGACAGUGGAUUCACUUUUUCUUCUCCCAACUUUCCCACCAGCCCCCCUGAAAACAUUACAAAGAUCACGUCACAAAUGCCGAACCAUCCAGCCAAUUCCUUCUACUACCCUCGACUAAAGGAGCUUCCACCUAUUGCCAGCAUAAAGAUUACCCGACAGCGUCGAACACCAGACCGCCAAACUUCUAUUUCUAAUCACAUUCUGCCAAACUCCAUCAAUCCUCAGCGUUUCUCAGCAACACCUUUGGAUUGCGAAGUCUCCCUCUGGUCAUCUUGGGGUCUGUGUCUUGGUCCCUGCUCCAGAGGUGGAGUUCGUCACCGCACACGUUACAUACUUCUGCGGCCAGCAAACGCUGGCAGCCCCUGCCCUGAGCUGGAGGAACAGGAUGAAUGUGUGCCACACAACUGCAUAAAGAAACGCCAGUAAUUGUCAAAGCAGGAGCAUAAAAACAACCAGUGAUGAACAUUGGACUCUCAUGCUAUCAGUGCUGGACUGAAAAAAAACAUUUUAUCAUGUUGAGAAUUUAUCAGAUUUUUGAAGUGAAGCAAUAAGAACUCAAUGUGUAUUGUCACAAAAAGAGACGUCUGCAAAUCAGCAGAACUAAGAAAAAACAGACGUCUCUUGGAAAAACUGGCUGGUGGAUGAAGAUUAAAGAGCUAAAAUGUUAUUUAGUCUGACUUUAUUUUUGCAACUGUUGUACAACCUGUGUUUGCACAAAGGUUGAGUUGUUUUGUAAAAUGUAAAUAAAAGUGAAAUACAACCAUUUGUAAAUUAUCUCCAAAAAUAUAUGUUUUAUUCAAUAUAACAGAAAUAUGAAUUAAUUUGGGUUGAAACAAAGAAUUUGUGUACCAUUUUUCAUUUUUUCAAAUAAAUGCGCAUUUUGUUGUAGCGUU